CAAUUUCUCAUCUAAUUUAAAUGAAAAUUCAACUAAUUUAAUAUCUGAGUCACCAAUGUAUUGGGUGAAACAGACAAAUUAGAUUGGAUUUUAUUUGGUUGUUCAUGGAGUUCAUCACUUGUUUCCAGCGGCAGCAUUGCUUCCAGUCUAAUAUUAGCCAAAUUAGUAAUUUCUGCUUCCGGGGAAAACCUGUGCCUUGAAUAAAAAAACAUUUGAAAAUAAAUUUAAUUGAAUUUUUUGCGAAAUUUAACAUUUUAUAAAAAAAAAAUUAACAUAUGCAAAAGAAUGAUAAUGAAAUUGAAUUAUUCAGAAUUAAAAUGAAUUAUUUGGCUCCAUUUCUCAUCGUCUUCCUCCUUUGAUUCUUGAAACUAUAACAUUUGCUUGCCUUAGGAGUUUCCUUCGCGAUCAAUAUAUUCCAAGGAAAAGCUGGGAAUCCAUUCCCAAUUCUGGAAGACAAAGCAUUGCAUUCGAUGCCUUCAUAUUCUCCAACUUUUCCAUAUAUUCUUGCUAAAUCUCUCCCCACGUUUCCUUUCAGUUUUCCAACAACUCCAUGCAAUUUGGAUUCCACCCAGAUUAAUUUCAUGUCUCUUUCUGCUUCAAGAAAUUUCGAUUUCCUCAUCUGGUUCAGUUUCAGUUUUAUUCAUAAUUAACAUGCUACUUUCCUUCUAUUGUGUAUUUUCUGCUCCAUAAUUAUCUAAAUUCAAUUGGAUUAAAUUCCUUCAUUGUGUUCUUUAUUUUUUGGCUGGCAUCUGACCUGUCAUCAAAAUUCUAAAUGCUAAUUUUGAAUCCUUUCUUCCUCUGGUUGAUGAUUUAUAGCAAAUGAGUUUGAUCGAAUAAUCAACUAGAAGGAGACCAUGAAAUUUGGAUCGUUUUUACGUUUCAUAAGCUAUGCAAGGGAGUAGGAUCAGAUUCCUGAAAGGGAUUUUGUCAGGAUAUUAUUGAGUAGAGCUGAAUACAGAUGGUUAAAUCGAAGGAGACUUACCGGGAGAUAUUCAUAUCAAGAGUAGGUGGAGAAGGUGAGGAAUCUUCAAUUUCCAACAAAUCUCAGCCGGCAGCUGAAAGGACUAAGUCCAUUCAUCCACCCAUUGAAUCCUAUUGGCUUCUUCCCUCUGCAGGAGAAGACAAGGCUUCUUCAUCAUCUAAUUCAGUCAUGAAAUCAAUGUUAACUUAUCCACUCAAGUUACGGGAUUCGCUGAAGAAACGUGGAAGGAGCCAAAGCUUACAAAUAGUCCUGGAAGGAGCUCAUGAUCCCAAAGAUGAACAGCUUGUUGAAUCUUUCCGUGAACUGCUGUUUCUUGAGGGCCUCUUACUAGGGAAGCACACUGAUUAUCACACUCUUUUAAGGUUUCUGCGAAUGAGGGACUUCGAUCUUUCGAAAGCCAAAGAAAUGUUUGCAAAUUAUCUCAAGUGGCGAGAGGAUUAUAAGGUUGAUGCAAUUCCAAAGGCAUUUAAAUUUGAGGCGUAUGCAGAAGUAAAAAAAUGCUAUCCUCACGGAUAUCAUGGGGUUGAUAGAUAUGGCAGGCCAAUAUACAUUGAAAGGAUUGGGAUGGUAGACCUUAAUAUACUCUUACAAGCAACUACUAUUGAAAAUUUCGUCAGGUAUCAUGUAUCUGAACAAGAGAAGACAUUGAAUUUGAGGCUCCCUGCAUGUUCAAUUGCAGCUAAGAGGCAUAUUGCUUCCACAACAAGUAUUUUGGAUGUGAAGGGAGUGGGAAUGUCCAAUUUCUCAAAGCCUGCUAGAUGUCUCUUUAUGGAAAUUCAGAAGAUUGACAGCAACUACUAUCCAGAGACUCUAAAUCAGCUCUUUAUAGUCAAUGCCGGAUCUGGGUUCAGGAUGCUGUGGAAAGCACUAAGGGCUUUUCUUGAUGCAAGUACAUUAGCAAAGAUUCAAGUGCUGGGAUACAACUACCAAAAUAACCUGCUUGAAGCUAUAGAUGCAAGUAAUUUGCCAAGUUUUCUGGGAGGGAACUGUACAUGUUCUGAUUAUGGAGGUUGCUUAUUUAGCGAUAAAGGACCCUGGAACAACCCAGAAAUUAAAGAAAUUCUUCAGGCAGUUUCUGCUACUGAAGAAGUAUACAAUAAUGGGGAAAACAGUGGUGCGGCUUCAGAGGAGACACUGGACAGUGGCCAAAGUACAGGUGCCAAUGCGACCUCCACAGGACGAGAAGAUUUUGAAUUUGGGGAAACCAAAUUUGUUAACAAGCUACAGGCUCAGAAAAUACAGGCACUGGAAGCAUCACUCACAAACACCAACCUUAAGCUGAAAUCAUUAGAAACAGCUCUUGAGGACACCAAGAUGGUAUUGAAAGAACUUGCACAACACAUAGAAGCACUGAGAAUAUGACAGCAUAGCAAAAGAAGCUACUAAGCCUACUAUACUAGCUGGAACGAUUUGGUAUCUUGCUCCUGAGUAUGUCCACUCAGGUGUAGCUUGUGAAAACUGAAGUUUACAGCUUGGUGUGGUAAUGCUACAGCCUACAGGUGACCACAGGAAAAAGGGAUGUUGAGAUGUUGACAACAACGGAACAGUGUUUGCUGACUGUGAGAGAAACCCAUAGAACUAUAAAUUGCAAUUUGGUUCAAGGAGAAUUCAACAUGCCUCUAUGCGUCUUUGGUACUAAAUGAUUGGAUAGCUUUAUUUUUCUAAAAAAAUAUUAAUAAUUAAUUAAAAUAUCUUUAUGUUA